AUGUGGCUAGAUUAUAUUAAAUUUCUUCUUGUCAAUAAUGAACAACCGCGAGCAACUAGUAUCUAUAAACAAGCAAUGAAAUUUGUUAAGGAUCCGAAUUUUUUGGAAAGCCAUUAUCAUCAAUUGAUUGCCGAAAUGAA